AUGCUAGCUGACAUAUCUCAAGUGAAACCUCUGCUCGAUGUGAAUGGCCAAAGCCACCUAUACAAGUUUUGGGAUGAUAUAAGUGAUGGAGACAAAGGUCAUUAUUUUGAUGAACUAGUUUCUCUUAAUUUAGAUCGCAUUAAUUCCGCCUAUAAGAAAAAGGUGGCAGUCGUUCUACUGGCUGGUGGUCAAGGAACCCGUUUGGGAUCCGAAAAUCCUAAAGGAAUGUAUAACGUGGGCCUGCCAUCUAAUCGAUCUCUUUUCCAAAUUCAAGCCGAACGAUUGCUCAAUCUUUGUCGUAAAGUUUCCAAGGAAAUAGGCCAACAGAUCUUCAUUCCAUGGUACAUAAUGACAUCUGAUUGCACUCAAAAACUUACGGAAGAAUAUUUUCGACAAAAUAACUACUUCGGUUACAGCCGUGACCAUGUUAUUUUCUUUGAACAAUUUAACCAUCCGGUUUUGGACAUGAAGGGCAAAAUUCUCAUGAAGACCAAGUCUUCACUCUGUUGGUCUCCAGAGGGCAAUGGUGGUCUCUACAGGGCUCUUGCAGACAGAGGUAUCUUACAAAACAUGAAAUCUCGAGGUAUUCAAUACGUCCACAUCUAUGGAGUGGAUAAUGUGCUCAUUCAAAUGGCUGAUCCUGCAUUCACAGGUUUCUGCAUUUGCCGUGCUGCCGAUUGUGCAGUCAGGGUUGUUGAAAAGGUUGAUCCCAAUGAGCCUAUCGGAGUUGUUGGUGUAGUGGACGGGAAAUAUCGGGUAAAUUAUUGUCUGCUCUUUCCUACUAUUUGCAAUUUAUUAUUUGUUAUUCAUUUUAUAAGUGUUCGUGGCUCAGCUUAUGGUCACCUUACGUUUACAAUAACGCAUUACAAAUGA